UUUUUGUUAACGUUUUUUUAUCCUCUUGAUCAACUGAGGUUGAUUCAAGAUGGUUGAAAACCAUGAUCCGGGUCCAAGUAAUCAACAUAUUCAAUCUUCUUAUGCUGAUAAGGUUAAAGGGAAGAAAUCUGCAUCAUUUCAAGGUAAAAAAACUUAUAUUAUUACUGUUGAUGAUCGGGAUAUUAAUACUAAUGUUAUAUAUGAUAAUGGUGAACCUUGUCCUUGAUGUGCCGAUUGAUUUGGCUAAAGAGGGGUGUGAUUUGUUUCAGUUUAGUUUAAUCGGAAGAUUAAACUUUAAUGGUUUGAAACUCCCUGAUGUUAAGAAAAUAUUAGAGAAUCAAUGGAAUAUCCUUGAAGAUAGAUGCAAACUUGCACCUAUGACUAGGGGUUUCUUUGUUAUUAAACUCGCCUCCAAAGAAGAUAAAGAACAUGUUUGGCAUGGAGGAUCCUGGAUGGUUGGAAAACAAUCUCUCCGUGUGAUUAAUUUUUAUGUGAACUUUGAUCCGGAAAGACAGCCAACCUCCAAAACAACUCUUUGGGUUUAUUUUCCAGGUUUAUUUGUUGAAUUAUGGACAAAGAAAAUUCUGAUUUCGAUGGCUAAGUUGAUUGGUAAAAAAACUUUAGACCAUGAUUUUUGUAAUUAUGUUGUUGUUCUUAUUGAAAUAGACAUGGCGAAACCUAUUCCAAAUAGGAUUAGGGUUAAAGCGAAUGGAAACAUCUUUUGGCAAUAUGUUGAUGUGCAGGAUUUAGAGAAGGCUAAUUUAUGUUCCCAUUGUAAGAUAAUGGGGCAUUUGCUUGCAGACUGUAAUGCUGCUCGAAAAAUCAUCAAGAGAACUGUGGGUACUGACGGGAAUAGAACUGAAGUUACAAAGCAGGGUGCGUCAGUUAGCCAAUGGAAGGAAGUUGGAAGAAAAGAAAAAAGGAAUGAUAAUGUUUCUGCUUCGGUUGCUAAGGAUAACGCUGCAAAUUCUACAGCUGAAGGGGUGCAAAAAGAUAUGGGAAUUCUUGGUACUAAUGAACAGGUAACUUCAUCUGACGUAAACAGGAGUAAUGCAGCUCAUAAUAACGUGCAUAGUGUUGGAGAUGAUCAAGAUAACACUACCUGGCAUCAGGUUAAAGGAAAGAAUUGUUCUGGAAGUAAACAUGUUGAUUCCACACCAACACCGUAGCUGAUGAGCUUAUACGUUCUGAGCAUAUUCACUCCAAUUCUUUAGAAGCUUUUCUAGAAAAAUUGGUUUGAAUGAUGAUUUGACAAGGAAGUUUCAUCUGUCAUAUCAGCUUGUAGUACUGACGUUUCGGAUGGUAGUAUUGGGUCAGAGGAUUGGAGUAAUGUUGAUGAGGAUAUUAGGGCUAGGAAAGAAGCUAAGCGCCUUGAUAAGAAAGCCAAGCAAAUUCUAGCUCGUCAAAGAAAGCAAUCAGAGUUGGUAAACAAUUCAACUUCCAUGGAAGUUUUGGAAACCAACCGUGAUUUGGAGAAUAAAUCGUUUUUGGAUAUGGAAACCAACCAGGUUUCGGAAUUACACACAGAAGUGACUUUGCAAAAGCCUAAUCCUGGUGCGGACCAAACAAUGGGUGAUGGGCCUAAUACUUUAGGUCACAAAACCCAUGAGAAUUCGCCUAGGUAAAAGGAAAGUAGGAAUUACCAAUAGGUACUAUUAUGGUAGUCUUAGUUAAUGGCAGGUCCACCCACUAAAGCCCAGUAACCAGAAGUCCAUAAUAAAAAGAAAAAGAGGAAAUUGGACCAAAUUUUUUAUCCCCUGGUCCGGUACACGUGCAGGAUGUCAUAAUCCACUUUUAAAAAUACCCAAACUACCCAUUCCCUGAUAGUACAUAUAUAUUUCUUACAAAAAAAAUCACCAUUUUUUCCAAAUCUGAGUUCCGUCUCCUCCUCUUUUCUACUUCUGCUCACUUUUCGCUCCUUCUUUUGGAUUACGAGCUAGAGUUUUUUUGAAGAUCUCUUUGAAGAUUUAAAGUACGUAUAUCCCGUAUUGACAGAAACCUAGCUUAUUUUGAAUGAAGAAGAACAAGAUGG